AUGUCACGAUCAGGAACCACUCUCUACGUUACUGGCUUCGGCCACGGCACCCGAGCCCGCGAUCUUGCCUACGAAUUCGAACGAUAUGGCCGCUUAGUUCGCUGCGAUAUUCCAGCUCCUCGCACUCCCUCAAGCCGACUUUUCGCCUUUGUUGAGUAUGAAAGUCGUCGGGAUGCAGAUGAUGCCUACCAUGAAAUGCACAACAAGCGUAUUGGCCGUGAUGAUCUCUUGAAGAUUGAGUGGGCGCGUACUCCACCCUCCGCAUCGUGGCGAUUUGACUCUGGUCGCGACCCCACCCGCGACUCUGCGCGCGACUCUGCCCGUGACUCUGCCCGUGACUCUGCCCGUGAUCCUGCACCCCCCCGUGAGCGUCGCCGUGAUCGUACUCCUCCUCGACGUGGCCGCUCGCCCUCGCCUCGUCGGAGUCGUGGUGGUGACUACUCUCCCCGACGGGAUGACCGGUAUGAGCGGGACUACGAUCGUCAUGAUCGUGAUACUGAUCGUCGUGACCGCGAUGUUGACCGUCGAGACCGAGAUGGUGAUCGCCGUGAUCGGGACCGGGAACGCUCCCGUGAUCGUUCUCGUAGCCCCGAUGACCGGGACCGUGAUGCCAAGGAUGACCGGGAGCGACGCGAUGAUGAUCGGGAGCGCCGUGAUGACGAGCGUGAAAACGUUCCGAAUGGCGAAGACAGGAAAGUACCCUUGGAUCCCGUCCCUGCUGCCCAUGAUGAGCUCGAUACUGCUGAGUAG